CAGCGCUUACCACGAAAUCAUGGAAGAUGUCAAGAGUGAUGUAAUCGCCACUGCAAUUGUUUCUGUAUAUUUGCCGCCAUACUUGAGUUCUGGUUUCGAUCGCAUUUUAGCCGAUCAAGAUUCUCGCGCUGAUGUGCUUUCUUUGGCAGCCCUGAACGUUCUAUAUCAUUGUGUUACGACUCAAUUCGCACGCGAAGCCUUUCUACAUUAUCCUAUCCCACCACCACCGGAACGUCAAAAGGAUUAUGAGCUUUGCGACAAACGUAGGGUAUGGGCUUAUUGGACCGAGGUGAUAGCAUGGCAUUUAUCACAACUCCGAGAAGAUGCUCAAGUUUCAACUUCGUAUACACUUUUGAAGUCUCUGUACAAUGUCAGAGCCUCGGUCGAUGACACGAAGGUCUCCUUGAAUGAACUUGAGGCCAUCAUGAUCAAUGCCAUUGCGUCCGAAGCCGAUCGAUCGAGACAUGCGACCGAAACGCUGGUUCACGAAGGGAUCAGUGAAUGUCUUCACAAUCCCACUUUUGCACCACCAGAAAAUGCAUUAGAAAAGAUGCACAUCAUCACUGCUGGAACUUCUUCAGUGAUUUACCAAGUGAUUGCUAAACUGAUCACCCACGUUCUUGCCCGCAAGCCCAGUCUGACGGAAAGCAGUAGUAAAUCGACUGUCAACAGAAGAAUAAUGGAUCUGAAGAUCACCAUUGCUGAGAGUCGGCCACUUAGCGAGGGUGUGACGCUUGCCAUGAGACUCAGCCAUGUUGUCGACACAUACCUUGAAUAUCGAGACCGUGGAUCGAAACAUGCCAGACAGGGAUCUGCACCACCCUCUGUCGCCGAUCUCGGGCCGUCGGUGUUGGAUCCUAAGUUGCAAGCUCAGAUGAAGCAGGAAAUGUCGGCUGCCGAGCAGCUUCGUAGCUUGCACCGGUUGCAACCCUCCUCCCUGGGCCUAUCCAAAUUGCUAGCAGAUUUGGAUGCCAAGAAGGAAAAGAAGGAGCCUAAGGUGAGCAUCGAACUUAUCACGGACGCUGCCGUUGUCAGUACGGUUAUGGCUGCUGGGGGCACGAACGUGAAGCCAAUAAUUUUGUUAGGUGCUGAUCGGAUUUUCUCGAACGGAGAUGUCGUUAAUAAAGUUGGCUCUGCACAGAUGGCAUGGGCUGGUAGAUCUAGUGGGGGGAUCGUCUUGAUCCUCUGUCGAGCUGAUCGGAUCCAUUCUACUGGUAUGGCCGGGCCAUCAAAGGCCAGCAGCCCUUCGGACCAGCUAACCGCAGCUUGGGAACCUACUCUUGGUCGAGAGAUGAUCGCACAAUUGCAGAAAUCAAGUCAUGUUCAGAUUAGCAACCCUACUUUUGAGGAUGUCAAUCACGAUGAUAUCACUGGUUAUAUCACCGAGCUCGGUUUUAUGGGCCAUGAUAUGUUGGCGGAGUUUUCGAAUAUGAGAUCUGACUUGGAAACGCUAGUCUGGCCAGAGAAUGCGUUGACGAAAUGAAUGUCCAAGUUGAUCAACCGAUCUUAGCUCCCCCAUGUUGUUCAGCCGAACACGAAUGAUUUAAUGAUAUGCGCAGAUAUAUAUAUUUAUAUAUAUCCGACCCGACUCCAAAUUUCUUGGUUUUCUAGCCUAUAUUCGAUCGACUCUAUCAACUAAACAAGGAAUGAUACAUACAUCUCUUAAGGGAUUGGCUCUCUCAAGUAAAAAAGGAAUGACAAAGCGGCUUGAACAGACGACGAAGAUGCUCAUAAAACAACGGAUGAGAUGAAUGUUUUUGUAGUAGGUGUCUUGUAUGUGAAUGUGCGUAUGUUGUUUGGUGUGUGAUUUUGUCAGAUUAGUGAAGAUUGUAUACCAUUGUCAAAUCGAAACACAUGGACUGCUCGAAUAAAAAAAAAAAAAAAACCCACUUGAUUCACGGGUUUCAAUUAUCGUUAUCACUGCUACUACUACUACUACUAUUAUUAUUAUUAUUAUCUUGUACUAUCAAUUCUGUCUACUGUCUGUUGUUUUCCUUCGUAGAUAAAUCCAUGAUCUUUUGAAUCCAAAGAACUAGAUGUGCAUACCCGUAGGGAAUCAAGUUAGAUCAAGCAGCUGAAGA